AAACCACACACAGGAAAACGAACUGUCAUGUGCUUUUUGCGUAAUCUAUACUACAUUACUAGACAGCUUUGAUUCGUGAAGCGUAGGACAAGGUUAGGAGUAGAUUAUAUAAAUAACUAUGCAUGGAAGUCACGUUAGAAAGCUGGCAUGGUAUUUUCGUGAUUGGGACAUGAAAUAAUAUCCUUAUCAAAGGUUGUGCUUUACGUCACUGAUUUAGUAUGGCUCUCGUAACAUAAGACAUCCGUAACUCCGUAAUACAAUCCUUGUAUGGUUAAUAAUCAGCGAGUCGUCGAUUAGACUUCUUAGUCGGAUUUGGAGCCGUGGAUAAAAAGCUAUUCAAACAGAAUUUUUUGGGGUAUUCAUAUUUUUCAAUGGCUCGAGCGAUAGACCAUUUGAUUAUCAGUACAGCAAUCGUGUUGAUGAUUAGUCAAGCGGCAGUGGGAAGAAGAAAGACUUAUUACGGGGAUCGUGUAUUGAGGGUGACACCAAAGACUGAAGCUGCUUUGAAAUUCUUGAAUGGAUUAGUGGAAGACGAUCAGAACUAUGAGAUUAGUGCCAAUCAAACGAAGAACAAGCCUAUAUUAUUUUUGAACUGUGGGAUCCACAGCAGAGAGUGGAUUAGUAUUUCUACAUGUAUGUAUUUAGCGCGACGGCUCGUCAAUAACUACGAAAGAGACAGUCAAAUUCGAAAGUUGAUCGAAAAACUGGAAUGGAUCAUCUUGCCAAUAAUAAACGUUGACGGUUACUUGUAUACACGAAAUAGAGAUCGUAUGUGGCGCAAGAAUAAAAGUCCGAGCGUAGAUGGCUGCAUGGGAGCAGAUCUUAAUCGGAACUUUAACCAUAACUGGGGAGGUGUUGGAUCAGCACCCAAUAAGCCUUGUAGUCCAAUUUACCCUGGACCCAGGGCAUUCUCUGAAGUGGAGACAAGAAAUGUUGCCAAGUUCUUGUAUAGCAGAAGAAAACGAAUACGUGGUUACGUGGACUUCCAUUCUUAUGGUCAAUUAUGGAUGUCGCCAUGGGGAUAUAAGCGUCAGUUUCCUCCCAAUUAUAGAAAACAGGCAUCGGCAAUGAACAGAGUGGUGAAAGCAAUCAAACACGUUCAUGGGACAGAGUUUACGUAUGGUCCGUCCUCAAUCAUGAUUUAUCCUACAUCAGGGGACGCUACGGAUUGGACUUUUGGAGUUCUUGGGGUUACACAUUCAUAUGGUGUUGAACUACGACCAAGUUUAAUGGACCUUUAUGGCUUUGUUCUACCACCUUCAUUUAUCGCACCAGUAGGAAAGGAAACCUUUCAAGGACUUAAGGCUUUAGCAGAAGUCCUGUAAAUCAGUUUUUAUAAAAUCUCGACAUGAUGGUUACUGUACUAUAGUUGAAUCAAUGCAAGGCCAGCCGUAUCUGCCUUUAAAUGGCCUCAAUAUCUUUGAAGAGUUUUAAUUGUCAAAACUGCAUGUCAGAACUGAAACAGUACAACACGACCAUACAACACGAAGUCCUUUAGUAUCUGGAACGCCCGUUCGAUCAUAUGCAUGGAAAAAGACAUAAACAGUUUACAAAAGUCAUCAUUUUUUCUUUCUUUUUUAUAAAGCCGAAACAAAAUGCAAACUUGUAUAAAGGGGACAUAUUAUAUAAUAUAGCAGAAUAUGAUCCAUUCAAGAACUCUACUAGAGAGGUAGGAUUGUGACACGUGGCAGUUGCCAACUUAGCACUGAUAAACCUAUGGCCCUUCAUGUUUAA